CAAAAGCUGCUCGCCUUUCCCUUUGCCUUUUCUUCCAUCAUCGGCUUCAGAGCGACUGCUCUCUCCUCUCCCAAAGAUCAAAUCCCAACCAGGCAAGGCAAGGGAAAACAAAAAGAUCUGCUAUUCCAUGGGUUCUGUUGGUGAUUUGCAGAGGGAAGAUAAGUUUGGAGUAGGAAAUCAAGAGUUGGUGUUCUCUGAUGGGGAUCUGCUUCAGUUCCAAGAUCAAAGCUGAGAGCCCCCCUGAUACAGGGCUAAGUUCAAAAUAUGGAAGCACCCGCGGGAGUGAUUCCAGAAACUCAAACAGCAUGAACUCUGUGCUUCCAGCUCCUAGGAGCGAGGGCGAGAUCUUGCAGUCACCCAAUCUGAAAAGCUUUAGUUUUUCUGAACUCAAAUCGGCCACCAAGAACUUUCGUCCCGACAGUGUACUUGGAGAAGGUGGGUUUGGCUCGGUGUAUAAAGGCUGGAUUGACGAAGAGACAUUUGCUGCAACUAAGCCUGGUAGUGGCAUAGUAAUUGCUGUGAAGAAGUUAAACCAAGAAGGUUACCAGGGUCACACGGAAUGGCUGGCCGAAGUGAACUACUUGGGACAGUUCUCUCAUCCCCAUCUUGUGAAAUUGUAUGGAUAUUGUUUGGAGGAUGAACAACGCCUCUUGGCGUAUGAAUUUAUGCCACGUGGUAGCCUGGAGAACCAUUUGUUCAGACGGGGUUCAUAUUUCCAACCUCUCUCUUGGUAUCUGCGUUUGAAAGUCGCUCUUGGAGCUGCUAAAGGGCUUGCUUUCCUACACUCUGCUGAACCCCAAGUUAUAUAUCGUGACUUUAAAACAUCAAAUAUUUUGCUUGAUUCGAGCUAUAAUGCCAAGCUCUCUGACUUUGGCUUGGCCAAGGAUGGACCGACGGGUGAUAAAAGCCACGUCUCUACAAGGGUCAUGGGAACUUAUGGAUAUGCUGCUCCAGAGUAUUUAGCCACAGGUCACUUGUCUUCCAAGAGCGACAUCUAUAGUUUUGGAGUAGUCCUACUGGAGUUGCUGUCAGGGCAAAGGGCAAUUGACAAGAACAGGCCAACUGGAGAGCACAAUCUGGUGGAGUGGUCUAAGCCGUACUUGAGCAACAAGCGCAGAGUGUUUAGGCUCCUGGACAACCGUCUCGAAGGCCAGUAUAAAGUGGAGGUUGCACAAAAGGUAGCCAAUCUUGCCUCCAGGUGCAUUUGCACCGAACCCAAGUUCAGACCGUCCAUGGAGGAGGUAGUCAAAGAAUUGGAGCUUCUGAAAAAGGAGUCAAAGGACAAAUCGGGAAACUCGCAUGCCAAUGCAGGCAAAGGGUCCCGCCCCCAAAGAGGAAACGGUGGUGGUGGUGUUGCUUAUCCAAGACCGUCUGCUUCUCCUCUAUAUGCCAACAAGUAGUUUUGGGACAUUUCAAAAGUGAUCUUUUGGCUCUGUCUGUGCCCAUGUAGUAUGACUCCACGGUUCGGUUUUGACAGGUAUACGGUCAUCAUCAUCAUCAGCUCAACUGUACAGUUACUUUUGGCUGUGAUAUACGUACACACGGGCAAAUGGAUCCACCCAAACCCAAUGUAUGGGUAGGAUAGGUGUGAUCCAAAACAAAAAACGGAUGCCCGUGAGCCACGGGUGCCUUAUCUGGUAUGUGAUGGUAUCCACGUCUUCUUGUUAAUACGGAGUAUUUCUUCAGCUAUGACUACAUACUAUGAGAAAGUGCAUCCUUAAGACGAGAAUUAGUUGUGU